AUGUCCUCCCUAUAUCAUUACUCUUUCUCUCGCGUCUCCAAGACGGAUUCAGUUCAGGAGUCUGCAAUUCAAUACCGCGACCUACGUCUCAAAGCACUCAAGGCAUCUCCAGAGUCCUUCUCUUCCACCUACGAAAUCGAAUCUCAAUUCACAGAGACACAGUGGAUGGACCGCCUCCUCCAAGAUGACAGAGAGAACUUCGUCUGCGUCGCAACCCCAGUCAACCGUGGCACUUCUUCAAUGGCAGAAUGGGUAGGUCAAGUGACUUUGAGAGGUCCAGUCGGCAGAAAAGCCUUCACGCUUCCCGAAGUUUCUGGGCAGCCACUGCCAGGCGGGGAUGAUGAAGAAGAUCGUUGGCAGAUGCUCAGCUUGUUCAUUCUACCGGACCACUAA